GCAUGCAUGAGUGUGUGACUGUGUGCAGGAUGCUCAAUCCAGGAGCUGUGAAGGAGGGGGAGGGGCGAGGAUCGAGACGCUGAAGAAAUAGAUGAAAAAAGAAAGAAAGAGGGAUAUUUAGAAGAGAAGAAGAGGGAAGGGAGGAGGACAGUGUGGAAAGGCACGCUGAGGAGAGAUAGACGGAGAGAGUGAGGAGGAGGAGGAGGAGACGAUCUGCUGGAGGAAGCAGCAGCAUCGUUAAUUUUCACAGGGACCAAGGCGGCUAUCCUCUGUUGCCGUGACGAUGGGCUGCUGGCUCUCUGGACCAUGGAUGGGUGACCAAAUGGUGAGUGGGCGGGGUCUUGCAAACCUGAGCCAGCGAGACGCUCUGCGGAUCCUGGCGGCCAGUCAGCGUCCGAUCACCAUGCAGAUUAAGGGUCAGAGGGGGUGUGGCACAGAGGCGGACAGGGGAAUGUGGGAGCCCCUUCCUCUCAACUUGCAGCACCUCAACCUGCCCCUCCCACUAAUGGGGGCGGGGCUCAAUGCCUCCAGCCCCUCCUACCAAGACAGACAUUAUUACAGCCAUCUGUCUCUGCCACAAGAUCACUGUGAAGGAGGACGGUAUAGCUACCUGUCCAGCUCCCCACGGGACACUGUGGACUUGGGCCACCAGGAUCCAGAAAUGAAUGGUCGUGGACCAAAGGGACAAAACUGCCUGAUGAGAUGUUGCAAUGCAAACUUAGAAGAACCUAACGGCUGCCACAGUCAGACGGAUGAUGAGGACUUCAUGCUGGAGAAGCCGAUGGGCUUCCUGCCCCUCCACCAUGAGCUGGACAGCGGUCUGGGCUGGACUGACGGCUCCAUCCACCAAGGAGACCUCUCGGGGCUGGAGACCGAGGAAGGAGGCCUGGAGGACUGUCAUUCACAUGCGGCCCUCGCCCCAGGGGGUUGUGGUGGCUUCGGAGGCGGUGGCUCUCCCUCCUCUGAGUCCUUUAUUUCCUCAGAGCUCAGCGAUUCUGGCUUUUACAGCGUGAGCACUGGGGAGUUCCGGCACUUUCAGAGGCUGUUGGAGAAGCGAAUGCGGCUGUACAACGCCAGAAUGCAACAUCAGGGCGAACCCUGCGAGAGGCGGGAGCGGCGUGACAGCUGCCCCAAGAGCCACCGCGAGCUGCUGGAGGCCAUCCCUGAGGCCCUGACGGUGCAGCCUCAAUGCCCGCGACUGCAGCUCGAGCUGGAGGAGGGGGCUGGGCCCAUUAUGGAUAUCCCAUCUCGCGGCCUUUUCAGGGUUUCAUCGGUCCAGUUCCAUAAAGCCGACCGGCCCUGUCUGAACCGCCACAGCUCCAGCAGUGGAGCUCUCUUCAACCCCUCCCAUGCUCACGCUGCAGUCUCACGAAUGAACGCCCCGGUCCUCUCCACCUGCAGCACCCCUUCCAGCCACCGGAGACCACUAGUUCCCAUGCAGCAGCCCCACCAGGGCUCCAGUUCAGUGGGGAUGCUGAGGAGAAGCCGAACGCUCCACCAUCGCCCUCCUCCGCAGGAGUACCGCCGUCGAGCCAGCCACCCAGCUUCCCCCUCCUACUGCGCAACGACCCUGCACCACUGUGGAGGCGUCCUGCCACAUAACAUCCUGCCACCGGGUUUGCCAGAGGAAGGUGAGCUAGUGGCUGGAGUGAUGGCUUCUCACCCAACAGGCUUGGCCCUCUCACCACAACAACACCCCACCAGUAUGGCGCAUAUGAGGGGUGCCAGCACACAUGAGCGAUGCUACGACAACAACCCUAAUGCCCAGAUUGCUCACCACGACUGGUGGCACUCGCAAGAAAGAGGCUUGAUGCCAGAGCAACUGGUAACGGAAAGGGACCUUGAGGUCGAGAGGGAACUGGAACAAAAAAGGCAAAUGCAGGAGAAGGAGCUGGAGAGGGAAAGGGAGGCACAGAUUCAAGAGGAAAUGGACAGAGAGAGGCAGCAGGAGCUGGGGAGGAGCCGAGCCAGAGAACAGCUGCAGCAGCAGCACCAGGGUCUGGUCCACCCUCCUCAGGCUGGAGAUGUCAAUGACACCUGGCCGAAACCAGCCACCCGUCAGUCCCAGAGUGGCGGGGGAAGCAGAGGUCUCUAUAGCACCCUGGAGGGCCACACAGGGGCCGGCUCUGCUGCUGGAUGGGAUGCAAAGAAAGGACACAUGAAUGUGUGUUCAAGCCCUAAUCCCAGUUCUGGUUUGCAGCAUAAAGUUAAUUCAAGCUCCAAACCCAACACAACCUCACGAAGGAACCAGCUCCUGAGGGACCGGGCAUCUCAGCUGGCGGAUGAACGAAGUGGGAUGAGCACGGAUGAGGAGACCAACACAGACAUGCUGAUGGGUCGGUACUGGAGUCGCAUGGAGAGAAGGGAACACUUCCUGUUGGCCCGUGAGCAGAAGCAGCAGCAGAUGCAGGCGAGAGGCGGGACAAUACGAGACGCCAUCAUGAGGGGAGGAUCCAUCGCUGGAGGAGGAGGAGGACCCUCUGUCGGAGAUGGAGGUGUGCUGGACAGCAGAGGAGGCGGAUCUUUUGCAGAGGGGCGGUGCAACACAGUUCUGGAGUUGAGUCAGAGGAAGCUGAGUCGUCUGAGGAACAGGAAGCUGUUGGAUGACUGGACGACAGUAGAGGAGCUGCUGACUCAUGGGACCAGGCUGGAUGACCAGGAGGACAUAAUGUGUACCAGCUCCCUGCUCACGGUCACCACCGUCUAA